AUGGCACACAUCAAUUACGACCACGACAGCUGGGGCUGGAUCAUGGUGGCCGCAACAUUUGUCAACUGCUUUUUGAUCUUUGGUCAGCUCAAAGCUCUUGGUGUCCUUCUCAUUCCGAUGACUGACGACUUUGUCAGUGACCUGUGGCUGAUUGGCUGGGUUGUAGUCUUAUACAGCACAGGUUUUUAUUGUUUUGGACCUGUUGCAGGUGCCUUCUCCCGUAUGUUUGGAAGCCGUCCCAUGAUGAUUUUGGGUGGGCUCAUGAACACCGUUGGCAUAAUUUUGGCGUCCAUAUCUCCUACAGUUUCUCUGCUCGCGGUGUUCAUUAUUGGACUGUCAGGUAUCGGGUGUGCGUUCCCUUACUGUAUCAGUUUUGCUGUCAUGGCCUCUUACUUCAAAGACAAAUAUCCCUUGGCCCUUGGUAUAUCGACGAUGGGUAUUCCCUUGGGUGUGAUGGCUUACGGGCCAAUGACACAGGUUCUUCUUGACACCUACGGCUGGAGAGGAGCAAUGCUCAUAUUGGGAGGUAUCUCGUUCCACGCGGUCGCAUGCGGUGUGUUGGUACGAAGGGAUCCAUCGUCCAUUGCUGCAGACACCGAUCGGUAUCAAGAGGUUUCAAUCGGCGAUGAGGAGAGAAACAACCAGGAAGAAGGGGAAGCUCAUGUCAGCGACACCUCUGACUGUGCACGUGGCUUCCCCGGUCAUUGCGAAAUGGCGCCAUCGAAGUGCUGCCUGGACUUCAUAGCUGCAUUUGAUUUCAAACUGUUGGCAGAUGUCAAGUUUGUUUUGCUUAUUAUUGGAAGGUGCACAGCGACGUUUGCCUACAACGCUUGGUUGGUGUAUAUGGUGUCGCAUGGUUGGAUUUACGAAUGGACGGGGAGUUUCAUCACAUCCUUCUUCGUGUAUAGUGGGCUGACGUUGUUGUCGAUUCCUGUGUUCAUCAUUGAGGCUAUAUACGCCAAGCAAAGUGCUCGUUGA